CUUUUCUCGUGAACUACGUAGUAUGUACAUACAAACAAGGUUGUUGGCACUUUCCAUGGACUGUCGAUGCCGCGUUCGGUCACGAAUAUUCCCUGUUGCCGUGCUGUUGCUCUUGGUGCUGUGUGAAGCGAAAACGCGCGACGAAUGGGUGCAGUCUCAUCGCGUCAUUUACCAGCUGUUGACUGACCGGUUCACUUUGGAAAGGGGGAAGGAGCAGGACACCUGCGGGAGUGACAAGUGCGAGGGAGGGGGAUACUGUGGUGGCACUUGGACGGGGCUGACGGAGCACCUGGACUACAUCAAGGGCAUGGGCUUCAACGCUAUCUGGAUAUCGCCCCACGUGCAGAACACAAAAUGCGGAUUCCAUGGUAACGGCCGAUGAGAACCAAGGGGAAACGAGGUAAUGUGGCUGGCUGUCAGGGUUCUGGCCGAAGAAUUUCGAUGAAGUCAACGAUCAUUUUGGCACGGAGGCUGACCUGCAUGCCCUCAUCAAACGGGCCCACGGCCUGGACUUGUGGAUCGUCAUGGACACAGGUGAGGAUGGAAGGGCGGCAGGGCGACCAACACACCCUUUUUCUGUUCUUCUGUGUCAAUUUGGGGUUACAGUACUGAACCACAUGAGCAUGGAGGAGCCGCUAGAGAACCUGUGGCCCUUCAAUGACACUAUUUACUACCACAAAGACUGCCCCAUGGACUACAACGACCAAUACGCGGUGCGGAACUGCUGGCUGAUGGGCCUGCCCGAUCUAGACGACGACAUACCUCAAGUCAGGUACGACGGACUGUGCGAAUUUUAUGAUGUGAGCCCAUAUGUCAAUCAGGAAGUACCUAAUCGACUGGGCGGAGUACCAAGUGCACAAGUUCGGCUUUGACGGCUACCGAAUGGACGCCAUCGCCCACAUGCAGCCCGAGACACUAUAUGAGUUGUGGGAGCGGUUGUCCAACACAACGUUGACCAUCGGCGAGACCUUCAUGGCAUCUGCUCAGUCCAUAGCUAGCUACCAAUUCAACAGACUCCAACAAAGGCAACUCAUGGACGGAGUAACUAACAGACAAGACGCACAAAGAUGGCGCCUGAGUGAGUGGUCACUCAGUUGCUGCUUUUGUGUGUGGAUUGGUGUGCAGGUAACGAAUUAUCCGUUGGCCAUACAGCUGCGUCUGGCGUUUGGUGAGAAAAAAACUCUGUAUGGCGUCCAGUGGAUGUGGGAACAACUCAUUAAGGAAGUCAGGUAGGCAACAGAUGGCCAACAAAACCUCACACGCUCUUUGAAAGCUUCUCACCCCCGUCCAUCUCCGUACUCAAGUGACCUAAGUGCCUUGGCGCUCUUCAUCGAUUCCCACGACCUUCAGCGAUUCCUGAACCUCCAGCCCGAUGUGACGCUCUUCACCAACGCACUCACCUGGAUCCUCGGAGCUGACGGCAUACCCAUCGUCUACUACGGGUCGGAACAGGCAGCUACUUUCGGUGAGGGCCACAAGAAAAACGUAUUCGGGUGGUCAAUGCAUGUCUGUCUGUGUUGAUUGCCCCAGAUAUUCGCGAGCCCCUGUGGCGAAAGGGUUAUGACCAGGAGGCCUUCCACUACAAGAUGAUAAGGCGAAUGCUCACGCAUAGGAAAGCGGGAGUCUUCGACGGGCCGCAACAAGAGAGAUACGUAAGUUCAUAGGAGACCGUGGCCAAGCUCGUCGCUCCAUUUCUGUCAACCAGGUGGAGGACUGGCUGUACAUCUACUCCCGCAACAACACAUUGGUGGUCACGUCCAACCUCGGCUCGGGCCACGGCAGACAGCCUUUUAUCCCCAAAGAAAACCUGCCGACAGCAUACACCACAGGGACCAUCCUAUGCAAUGUCCUUACUGACGCAUGCGACACCAUGGUGCAGGAAGGCGGCCUGAAAAUCGUCAUUGGCGAAGGCAAGCCAUUGGUGCUCGUCAUGGAAGGCGACUUCAUUCCCGACAGCCCAGCCAACGACAUCGGAUGGCUGCCGACCACUACCGGCGAUUAUCCAGCCUUGCAAAAGGCAAGUACAGAGGACACCGCAAGUCCUGACGAUUUCGUUAAGUUGUUGGAAGAAGAGAGAAUUCCAUACGGUGACUUGGGCAAACCACCGACCUUGGCAUCCCUGGCAGAUGCCGACUCGGCAGCUGAUUUGAAUAAGUAUUGCUUCGAGUACGCCGACUAUCUGGGCAACGAUGUGCGCGGUGUAACAGCGACGUCGCCCGACGAGUGCCAAUCGGAAUGCCAACACGAGAACAUGUGCGAGUACUUCUCGUUCAUCUUCGUUCCGUCACUUCACCGGAAUUGCUGGCUCAAGAAUUCCAAAGAGGGGCGUGUGCAGAUGUGGGGAGGAGAAAGCGCGUCCAUUUCUGGGCCGAAAACAUGCCGUACGCGUAAACACGAACGCAUGUAUUCAGGGAGAGCGAGGGAAGAUGAAAAGGAGGCACAUUUUCCUUCAUGUUGUCAGCGGCCGACAGCGUUGUUGGCGUUAGAGCUUCCAUUGAGGAGCGCGAGCAGUCGGCAGAACGAGGUAGUUGCACAGGUUGCUGUGAUUGGUGUGAUUGGUGUGAUUGGUGUGUUUCAUUGCAGGGUACACAGCGGCUCUUCGGGGGCAGUAGAUCUACAGAUGGGCUGGAGGACCUGGAUGUCAUGAUACGUGUGCGCAACUGUGUUCGUGAGUUGCCAUGAGACACUAUCCGCAGAGGGAUACGAGGUGAAGAGACCUGUCAGCGGCGUGUGUAGCGGCUGAGAGAUAAGCGGAGACAUGCACCAAGAAAUCUCCCUUGGGGAAACGCGAUAAUUCCGUCCAAUUGCACAUUCGAACACUGCAGUGAUCAAAUGCUUGUCUUACAGCCACACCCGAGUGUCCAUAUAUGCCCAUGCUGAUGGGCUCGCUGUCGAUACGCACAGACAUAUCUCAUGCCAACACGAACGAACAGCAAAAUGAGCCUGACAUUCUUCAUUCACCUCCGAGAGGAGCGAGCUUUUCUACAUGUACAGACUUGUCCUUAGGGUACCCCUUCGGGGGGUCGAGUGACUGGUUUCUCGUGAGGUUAAGCAUUAAAUAACACAG